UUUCCUCGAUUGGGUCUUUUCCCAAACUUCGUCGAGGCCCUCAGCAUUUCGGCGCUCACAGUGCUACUGAAAUACAGCAGCUAGGGCUUCCAGCCAUCUUAUCUGGAGCGAAUGUUGUUCUUGGUGCCGAGACGGGAAGCGGCAAGACACUUGGGUACUUACUGGGUAUACUGCAGAAUGUAUUGAUUCAAAAGAUGCUCCAUGAACGGAAAGAGGAUGAAGCAAUGGUGAAAAAAGAUGAUCUCCCGCUUCCGCGCCACUAUCCGUAUGCUAUUAUCGUGGUGCCCACUCGAGAGCUUGCCCUGCAAGUGACGUCGUGGUCUCGGCGCCUCUGUAGAAAAACCCCUAUUCGUACGCAGCUACUGUUAGGAUCCUACACGCGAUGGCCUUUCGGAACUCUUACCCUUCCUACGUCUCCAGAUGUCAUUCUUUGCACGCCGCAAGUUCUAGCAGGAUUCACCAGAGGCGGCGGCUAUAAAAAAAAAACCCCGCUCUUUGAGCAGGUACAAAUGCUAGUUGUCGACGAGGCCGACAUGCUGUUGGAAGGCGGAUACAAGAAGCAGAUGGACUCAAUUUUUCUAGAGUUUCGGCAUUCAGAUAAAAAAGCGGGAACUGCUGGGAGAAGACCAACACAAUAUGUCUUCGCUGCAGCCACUAUUCCGGAUAGGGGGCCCGUGUCUAUACGCAAAACAAUAGCCAGUCUGUGUCCAGGUGCAAACUUUUUGUGCACGAGAAGUCUCCACUGUCAGAAAAAGGAAUUGAACCAAGAAUUUUUACAAAUUCCGGCCGAUGCCUCCUUUGAUGACCGAGUUCAGCUGCUCUUUGAAAAGCUGCAGGAGAUACCUUCAACCGAAAAAGUGAUGAUCUUCUGUAACACCGCUCAAACCGCAAAACACGUCCUGCAGGUGCUUGAAAAGAUCCUUCCUCCAAAUGCGAAACCCACACUUUUUUCCUCGGAUGUGGAACAAGCAGACAGAGCGCGAAACCUUGGUUUGUUUGCACGAGAGAAAAGCAAGGUACUUGUAUGUACAGACGCGGCGUCAAGGGGCCUCGAUAUAGAGGGAGUAUCCAGUAUUAUUCAGUUCGAUUUUGCUUUGGAUGCUGUGAGCCAUCUUCACCGGGUUGGCAGAGUAGCGCGAGCAGGGAGGUGUGGUAGAGCUAUCAACUUUUAUGAAGCCAAAAGCAAACCGCUUGUCGACGCCGUCCGGCAGGCUGCAUCCGACGACACGCACGGAUGCUUGGCUGGCAUCUUUAGUCGAAAGCGCUCUUUCAGAAAAAGUAUAAAAAAAGGGGAGAACACCUCUAUGGCACUUGUUGUGGAGUCUGCUUCCCCCGAGGGUGGGUAG